AUGGAUCUCGCCUCCGCCUCGAGCGACCAUCCGAAUAACCUCAUCACCGACCUCGACUCUCCUCUUCCCGUCUCAGCUACCGCCUCCUCUACCCCGGUGGUGUCUCAGCCACCCGCCAAUCCUUCUCAACCCGCCUCUCAUGCCAACUCCCCCGAUCGCAAACCCAAAAAGUCGUCCUUGACCUGCACAACCUGUCGCGCUCGCAAGGUUCGAUGCAAUGGUGCUCGCGACAUAUGCUCCAACUGCGAGCGACUAGGCUUCCCUUGUUCCUAUGAUGAUGGAGACACUGGCGCUUUAUCUGGUGCUCUACCUCGCCGCCGAGUCCGACAAGCUUGCAUCAGCUGCCAUAGUCGAAAGGCCCGAUGUUCCGGCCACAUGCCGUCAUGCGAUCGCUGCCGUUCCCAAGGCAUUGAAUGCGUAUACAGACCAAGCAAAAGGGCGCGCAUUUCUCUAAGAGAGGGUCCAAGUCCACAAAGCCAUGAGGGCGACCGAGACGACGGUCACAACGACAGUGACCCUGGAUUGACCGAUCCAGCUAGCACCGCAACGCCUCAGGGCUUUGCACCAGAAAUUUCCUUCCCGGAUGAGUCUUUCGAUGCUUUAAUAGGUCGGACUUUUGUCAAGUUCUUUAAUCAUGUUCAUCAUAUUCCCAUGUUCUCGUUCCUACAUCGAGCCUCUCUUGAAGGACGAUACAAUUCGGGCAAGGUGGAAAAGGCUCUUCUGCUGGCCCUGAUUGGCAUAACAUCAUACCUCACGGAUAUGGGGCCUGGGAUGAAGGAUUAUGGUGAGAGGUGUAUCGACGAUGCUGAGGGUCUCAUUUUUGCCGAUUAUACUCGGCCUUCAACCAUCAAAGUACAGGCGCUUGUCCUUAUUAUCAAGCACCGUAUCCUAUCCAAGAAAUCUCCAAGCGCUUUCAUGCUGUUGAGUAUAGCGUCUCGAUAUGCUGCAGCUCUGCGUCUGAAUCACGAAGCUCCAAACCUUUGUUUUCUUGCUCAAGAGUCUCGCCGUCGACUCAUGUGGGCACUAUAUUGUAUUGAUUCGGGUGUAUCGGGAGGAUAUCGUGACUACUCGCUUUGGAGCGCUGAUAAAAUACAUGUAGGGUUGCCGUGCAACGAGCGCAACUUUGAAUUCGACCUUCCACAGCCCACUGAGAGGCUUAUUCACGAUCCCGACAAGCCUCGCAACCCUCAGGCCGAAGACGUUGGUAGUCUGGCUCUCCACAUCCGAAUACAGCACAUGCGACGUCGAAUUAUGGAAUUUUCCAGGCGAGUUAUGCUGACCCGCAAUACCAAGCCCGAUGAACUUCAAGCUGGCAUCUGGGGACUGCAGAAAGAUCUUAGCGAGUUUGCGACCCAUCUGCCAGCGUCGUUCCAGUUUUCAGAAAGCUCAUUGCGACUCCGGGCUUAUUCUCCACGAAUUUGCAUAUUCAUCAUGAUACAUGUCUGGUGGCAUCAGUGCCAGAUUGAUCUGUACCGUCUUGCUCUCGGAGGUCUUCGCGAAGCCCUUCCUCGUGUCAUUCUCGCAUCUCUAGAUGAUGCUUUCUUGGACCAUUGUCAACGACAAUGCGUCGAACAUGCCAUGUCCAUGGCCAACAUUUUCUCAUCCAUGCACAAACUAAAUGCAAAGCCCGUGGCCGAUUUGGACAUGGCCAUUUGUGCCUACCAAUGCGCUCGCGUAUUGACCUACGCAUAUCAUACAAAUGCUCCCAAAUAUGACCUCAAUCUAGAUGCCGUUAUGGAACGGGCCAAGAUUUGCUUGCUGACAAUCAAAUCUUGCUGUGCUGGAAAGACAGCGGAAGGCAUCCAAGCGGAUUUGGAGAGGCUGAUCACUCAUGGUAUCGCCCUUCGCGUACCUUCAGUUACACCGGAUCCGCACGGUCGACUUCCUCUUGACAAUAACUAUUCUCAACAAUCUCUACGUCAAUCUGGUCUUGUGGAUGAUUCAAACAUGAACGAUCCCAACCAAUUUGUCUCAAUGACCCCCGUUUCAAUGUCCGCUAUGACGGACUCAACAUUUCCUCCCUCACUUGUCGCUGACCCUUGGGUCCCUGAAAGUCAAGUGUCUCCGGAUUUACCACACCCAACUACCGAAGUUCAGGUUCCCGCAAAGCCUGCUGUAAGCGUUGCAGAGAUAGUUCCGCGACAAGAUUUUGGGAUUUCAGAGAUCAAUAACGCAUACGACGGCGGUGCAGACGGCUUGGGCACGGAUGCGGGCUUGGAGUAUGGCAUGGGACUCGAUCAAAAUCUGUGGAUGCCCAAUAACGAUUGGCUAAGCAUCGAUGCUCUUCAGGGAGGUGUUGGGGCAUGA